GGAACACCUUCUGUUCUCCCAUUUGGAACGGUGUAUGCUAAUAUGACAACACAUGGUGCAGAAGCUGUAUACACUUGUCAUUUUGGUUACGAUCUUAAGGGAGAUGAUUUCAAACGAACGUGUGUUCAAGGAACUUGGAAUGGAACUAAACCUACCUGUUCACCAAUACCAAACGUGGCAUGCUAUGUUGAAAGUUUCCAAUACAAAGGGAUUCGUAAUUCAACAAUAAAUGGUAUACUAUGCCAGCGAUGGGAUUCGCAGAACCCACAUAAGCAUUUUAGAAACAAUGUUAGUACAUUUCCCGAAGAAACCUUACAAGAGGCCGAAAAUUACUGCCGUGAUCCAGACGGUGAAGGAACCCCUUGGUGUUACACUAUUGAUCCAAAUAAAAGAUGGGAUAUCUGCGAGGUGGAAAAGUGUUGAGCGCCACUUGUGUUUGCAUUUAUAUACAGAUGCUAAGAAUUAGAAUUUGUUAUUAAAGAAAAUAGGAAACACUUCAAAUAACACGAAUAAUACUGUUAACGUCACAUUUCUUUCAUCACGUAUAACUUUUAUAUUUAGAACAGUUUAUUCAUUCACCUAUAAACAAUUAUUUAUUCUCAUACCGGUAGUUGUUCACGGGUCAUCGAAACGUAACUUCUACAUAAAUUUUACUGUGACACCUACCGUACUUUUUAUAAUUUUACAAAUGCAUCGCAAAAAGUUUUACACCUGAUCGAAGCAUUAGUUAAGAUCACACUAAGAAGCAACAAAAUCACCUGUUGACAAGCAACAUCGCCUUUAACAGAGGAUGAUAAUGACUUUUAUCAGCAUUUUAUCUCAAACAGAACCACUCAUAUUUACUUAUUUCUCACAAUAUUCUACAAAACUACUUUUAUUUAUUAAUCAAUGUAAAACAUAUUCAACCCGAUAGAGUAGAGAAAAUAGGCAAUGGCAUGCAACACCUGUCAAACUUACUUCACUUACUGGUUUGGGACCAUAAACCGGACACUUUUUGAACAUUUUUCCUUACGUUAUAAAGAAGCGGGUCUUAUGGGAAAUAAAAUAUCAAGCAAAUUGUGAUUUUUCAAAUAACGAUCCGGGGUUUACUUUAAAUCCAAUUUAAAUGUUGGUGUUAUCUAAUUUAUUUAAAAUACAGUUUGUAUAUAAAAGGAAGUUAUAGGGUAUUUUAUAUAAGCAUUUAUUUGGUAAACUUAUAUAAAACUGAGUCACAUGUUCGUGGAGUAAGCAAGACAGGAACAGCCUGAACCCUUAUUUGCCUAGAUUGUCAUCCAGUGAUAAAAUAAGUAUUAAAGUAACAAAAGGAGGAGAGCAAAGUAGAAACACAAUAAGAGAGGGUAACGGCUAUUUUUGAAAAAUUAACAUCAAUGAAGCUCUAUCUAAUGUACGUUUUGCUCUUCAUAAAAAUAAGAAGAUUAAUUCCCAUGCUAGUGAAUAUAGUUUUUUAUUGUUUAUAAGCAAUAAUCGUCACCACAAAAACACCUUUUAAUGAUUUAUUAAAAGUAUCCAUUGCACUGUUGAACAAAAUGGUUUAUUGAUUGGUAUGAAAUAAAAACGAUGUCAUAAAAUUUCAAUUCUAACAGUUUUUCAAUAAUAUAUAAAAGACAUAAAAUGUGGAUAACGUUUAAAAACCUGCCUUUGAAAUGUUAUUUUAUUUUUAUAUUUCAAAGGAUGAUUUAGAACAAAACAAGAUAAAUCAUAGGCCAGAUGAAUAAGUGAUAAUGACAUUGAUCAAACCAUGUUUUGUGGAUGGUUGAAUAUUCUAAAAACGUUUAAUGAAAGACUGUGUCGAUGAUAACUAUUGAAGAAACGAACAUUUUAUCAAUUUUC